AUGGAUGCAUCAGUCGAGAUAAAAACACCACCCUCUAGACACUACUUUUAUAGAAAGGCGACUCAACCUGAACAAAAAACAUCACCUACAAAUUUCAAUAGCAGUAAUGUCUUUUUAAACGGCCAAGACAGCACAAACGCAUUCGAAGAUAGAAUAAACGAUUUUAUAAAAAGAAGCACCAUAAAAUCCUGCCUAGAAAAGAUCAGAAGCGAUGCUGCAGCUGGGCUUGCAAGGCGAAAAGCAGACAGAAAAGCUAGAAAAGAAAAGGAGGAGCGAAUGAAUGGCAGUAAUUCACAUACUUCCUCAGGAGCCACCGCGACUUCGUCAGUGGCCACUAUGGCUCCAGCAUCAACACCUACAGCAGGAACUGAUUCAACGAGCACCUUACCUAGUACAGAAUGCGAGAAACCACUUUUUGAAAAGCUGAGCACCCUUUCGGUUACAGAGCAAAACUUUUGGUUGGCCAAUAUCCAUGACGAUGCCAUGCUAAUGAACCCUCACCAAUGGCUCAAGUUGGCAAGUUUAUUUAACGCCAAUGCAAGAGCAGCAAGGCAGCAAUCUCUUGUAAAUUUUGAUGCCUUGGACGCAGUUCUCAAAGACAGGUCUAUUAGCAAAAGUGAAGGAGGGCCGCUUGAGAACUAUUUGGAAUUACGUGAUAUACAAAACAGAAAUUAUGCCAGAGAUGCCGUUGCUGAAGGUGUUAAACUGAUCAAGCAGAACAGAGUCAAGGAAGCAAUGGAGUUUUACAAACGUGCUUUGGAUAUGGACCCCAAAUAUGCAGAUGGGUGGUUUCAUGUAGCAGAAGGGCUUGUUCAGCAAAGAAAACUCCCAGAGGCAGCAGAUCAUUUAGAGCGUGUACUAAAGCUAGAUCCUACACACGAAGGCGCAAAAGCUUUGUUAGCUAGUAUCAAUCGCACGACGAAACCAAAGAAAGCAGAAAAAGGAGACGAGUGGGACAUAGUUGAUGAACAUGGCGAGUCGAUAAAUAAGAAGAUCACAGAGAGCAAACUCGAUACAAAAGACGACUCGGAUGAUUCACAGCGCAAAAGAAAGAAGAAGAGAUCCUCCCACCGAUCGCGCUCUCGAGAUGAUGACAGACGACAUGGAGACGACAAAGUCUCAGAUCGAGGUAGAGACAGAACAAGAGAUCGAGGCCGGGACAAGGCCAGAGACAGGGAGAAGAGCAGAGACAGACGUAGAGAUAGGGGCAGAGACAGAGACAGGGGUCGGGACAGAGAUCGAGACAGAGAGGACAGAAGACGACAUCGUUCAAGAGAUAGAUCAAGCACAAGAAAAGAUAGACACAGAUCUGCAAGUCUUUCGAAAAGUAAGAGAGGGGAUGAUGAUAGACCAAGUCGACAUCGAUCCAGAAGUCCAACAACCGACAAACGUAGAAGAGAUGACUCUCAUGAUAGUUAUGACAGGAGUAGAAAAGAUACUGCCCGUGAUGAGAAAGGGGAAACAAAAGAUGAUAGACGCCGUCGCUAUCACAGCCAAGACACAGCUCGUGAUCACAGACAUCGCAGUGAUAGAAAAGAACAAGACAAACAACAAAUGGACCCUGCUCAUGUUGGCCAAGAAGGCGACAAAGAUUCGAGAGUGAAGGAACGAAAGGACAAUGGCUCAAGAUCUCCCUCCAGACGUAGUCGUAGAAGACGAUCACCAUCUCCCGCAAGAUCAAGCCGCAAAAGACGUUCUAUAUCACCAAGAAGAAGAGCAGAGAAGAGAAGACGCUCCAAUUCACCAAAGAAGGGAGAUGCGAAAACUCAAAGAUUGGAUUCCCCUUCCCGUGAUCCUACCACUGACAAAGCACAAGCCUCGCAUUCGCCAAAACCUGUUUCUUCUACGAAAAGAAAGCAAUCUUCAUCACCAAAAGACGUUGCAGUAAAAAACCCCUCCAAUGCAUUUGCGAAUAAUAAGGAUACCAAUUGA